CCCGCCGCCGCCGCCCCCUUCGUGCUCUCCCGGCCCGGAUCCUCCCAAGCACCUCCCCUCCCUCCCCCCCUUCCCCGCCAAAAUGUCCACCAGUCGCAACACCUCCUACGACUACCUGAUUAAGCUGCUCCUCAUCGGUGACAGUGGUGUCGGGAAGUCGUGCCUGCUCCUGCGUUUCGCCGACAACUCUUUCACCCCUACCUUCAUUGCCACCAUUGGUAUCGAUUUCAAGAUUCGCACCAUCGAGCUCGAUGGCAAGCGCAUCAAGCUCCAGAUUUGGGAUACCGCCGGUCAGGAUCGUUUCCGCACCAUUACCACCGCCUACUACCGUGGUGCCAUGGGUAUCCUCCUGGUGUUCGAUCUUUCCGACCCUGUUUCUUUCCGCAAUGUCAACACCUGGAUGCACACCAUCGAGCAGCACGCCUGCGGCAGUGUCAACCGCAUCCUGAUCGGCAACAAGUGCGAUAUCCCGGCCGACAGCCGGAAGGUCUCCACCGAGGAGGCCGAGGCUCUGGCCAAGGAGUACGGCAUUCGCUACUUCGAGACUUCGGCCAAGGAGGACAUCAACGUCACCGAGGCUUUCCGCACCCUGGCCAGCGACAUCAAGACUCGCCUGAUCGACAACAACCCCUCGUCGGCUGCCGGGGGUGCCGACGACCGCGCUGGCGCCGGGAAGAGCGGCAACACCGUCGACCUGCAUGGCGACACCUCGGAUGACGCUCCCACCCCCAAGAACAGCAAGUGCUGCUAAAUGCCCGCAUUCUUGCGGGGCAUCUCUCUCUCUCUCUCUCUCUCUC